AUGAUUCUGGAGCCUACACUGAGAUGGGAAACAAACGAGGAUAAUCAAGACAAAUUAGUGGACGAAGAGAAGAAACCCAUCUACGAGCCAACUGUCCCUUUCUUCAAAGAAAAAUACCAAAUAAAUAAUUGGGAAGUUCAUGGCCUAAGGUUCGGGGUACGUGGGACUGCGUCCCCUCUGCUUAGAUACUUCUUUAAAAACACGGCAUUAGAUUUAAGAGAAAUAAAAGAAAUGUGCUUAGCUGUCAUGAGAGACACACUUAAUAUUAUCCAUGAGCAUUUAUACACUUAA